AUGGCUACAGAUUCAAGGAAACGCACAUUGGAGGCAUUGGAGAGGAGAAUAGCUUUUGCUAAAGCUGAAGUUCUCCAAAAAGAAAAGAAAAACAAAAAGAAUAUAAAUGAAGAUGGGAAACUACCUAUUGCUGCAAAUUCUACUACUAAAGAUCCUUCCCUGCAUUUGUUGCAUUUAUCAUCAGUCACACCCAAGAAAGGGAAUUUCAGCUUUUCCGGUCAUACCAAUUCACACACAAGAUCUCAUUUUUCUGCUGAAGGAGGUUCAACUGAUGGCAUAUUGCAUGAGCUUCUUCAGAAGGGAGAUGCUUCACAAAAGUACAUGCAGGGAUCUAGAAAUAUGAAAAUUGACAAUUGGAUCUUUCUUGAUAAUUAUGUCCAAAAAUGGGUGCUUUCUUCUGGUUCUCAAACCAGAGCUUUGCAACUUCAUUCAAAACGCUCUAAGAAACACAUGUCUAUGAACCAAGAUAAAAACUCUGCAAUUGUGGUUCAAAAUUUUAAGCCAAUGUAUGAAAUGUGGAAACAUUACAUAAAGCUGCUUCUUAAAUCUACUGGGAAAACUCAAUUGGUUCAAUGUCUCCUAGCUGCAGAUCUACAUGGUGCUUUCAUUUUAGGUUUGAGCACACUCUAUUUUACUUUCAAAAGAGUUUCAAAUACCUAA